AUGAAUGCCUCGCAUCGGCUCCAGGCCGACACACUGAAGUUGUACAGCGAGCACAAGACUGUGAUCCACGCCCGAAACCUCUUUGCCGACUAUGUCAGCUUCCGAGUUCAGUUCGGCCUGGUGAUGUGCUCCAACGAGCGGCUGCACAUGUCUCUUGACGGGGGAACCGACAGACGACUGUCGGUGGCAGAAUGGCCGAUUCAGUUCUGCCAGGUGCCGCGUGCCAGCCACGAGCGGUUGGUGCAGGUCGGGCUCAAGGACGAGCAGAGGCUCGCUGACAACAGCCCAGGGCUUCUCUACGUGCUGCUCAAGGUGUUCAAGGUCUUCGGCGCUGUGCAGGACACUCUGGUUCGACCGUGGCCGCUGUGGGUGGAGCAGGCCACGCGCAGCUACCUGCAAGGCGACUCAGUGGAGUUUGUGUGGGAGUCUUUCGUUGAGACCUGGGAGAUGGCCUCGAGGCCGUCCAUGGAGUGUGCGGGCUACGGAGUGGUGUCGGAUGCCUGCGUUGCCUUCGCCAGGACAAAGAACGUCGGCGUUUCGGCCGCCGGCAGUCACUUCAAGCAGGCAAUGCUACGCCACAAGCACAAUGGCCGCUACGUGGCCAAGUUCCUGAACGAAAACCAGUGCUUCAAUCAGCCCAAAAGGGCUGCGUAG